AUGAGCCGUUGUGGUGAAUCUACCCACUUUUUGUGUGCCACAGAAUUGCCCAAACAGGAGGUGAUUGCUGGACACAAAUUUGAGUUUUGUGUGAAGGAUGAUUAUGCUUUAGGUGAUGUCAAUGUAGUUUCCAGCUAUUAUAUUGAAAACGGGAUUCAUGUCACUCUGCAUGAUGCUUUACAAACAAUGUUUGGCAAGUACAGCACAUGCAUUUUUACGGUCUGUCAAAGUAGUUGUGCCAUAAUUUGUGAUGCUGGUCAGUAUUGUCUGGUGGAUUCGCACUCGCGUAGCUGUAAUGGCAUGGUGUGCAGUGAUGGAACCAGUGUUGUUCUGUGUUUUGGUAGUCUCGAUGAUCUUGCUAAUCACAUUAGCAAUUUGGCUGCAGGGUUUGGUGGAACAGAAAAACUUUUUGAGAUAGCUGGUGUUGUUGUGACUGUUGUGGCUGAUAGAAAACGUCACUUGGAGGUGACUGAUGUUUCCAAAAAGUUUAAAAUGGCUGACAUUUCUAGUACAUGUGCAUCUGAUGUCGAAGUAGUCAGUGUUGUUACCACACAGCAUGCCUUUUGUCCAAUGCUUCAAAAUGACUCCAAAGAUGUGUGCCAACUUUUGAAUAUAGAUUGUGAAGUCAAAACUGUGCCUGUCAAUUUGCGUGUUGGACCCUUGGGAGCUCCCUGUAAAAAGGAGAGCAUUGUUGCUGAUGGCAACUGUUUUUUCCGUGCCAUAUCACAAGCGGUGAGUGGCACACAGAAAAAUCACAGGAAAAUUAGACUCCAUGUGGUUAAACAUAUGGAAAAGCACUGUGAAGAUUAUGAGAAGCUUCUCAGGAGUGAGUACAAUUGUUUGACAGAGUAUAUUAGUGUUUCCAAAAUGAAAUAUGUCAAUAGCUGGGCAACAGAGGUGGAAAUUCAGGCUGCAGCGGAUAGUUUAGGAAUAAAUAUCUUUACUUUUUACGGUGGUCAUUGGUUGAGAUAUAGUUCAACGUCAGAAUCCAGUCGUGGGAUUUAUUUGGACAACUCGAGUGGUAAUCACUAUGAGUGUGUGACAUGUGUCAAUGAGGGCCUGUUAGGAAGUUGCUUUGGCAUUUGUCGGAGUGGUACACCUGAUAGUCAGCAUGUUACCAGGUCUCACAAGCAUUUGGACAAUCAAGAAAUUUGUGAAGAUAUUGGUUCAAAUGAUGUGAAUAGGGCUGUUGAACCAAUCAAAGAAAAACGCCAGUCCAUGAUUACACUUAUCAAAUCAAAUCAAAUCAACUUUAUUUGUAGAGCACUUUUCCUGCAAGGAGAUGCGACACAAAGUGCUUUCCAGAAUUAA